AUGACAUCAUUAGCAGGGACUGUUUCUGAUGAACACAAGAUUAAUAAGAUGAGAAGAGAUUCUACUUUAUUAGGACCAAUGAAUAAGAUCUUAGUUGCUAAUAGAGGUGAAAUACCAAUUAGAAUUUUUAGAACUGCUCAUGAAUUAUCUAUGCAAACAGUAGCUAUUUAUAGUCAUGAAGAUAGAUUAUCAAUGCAUAGAUUAAAAUCAGAUGAAAGUUAUGUUAUUGGAGAAAAGGGUCAAUAUACUCCAAUUCAAGCUUAUUUACAAAUUGAUGAAAUUAUCAACAUUGCUUUAAAACAUCAUGUUAAUAUGAUUCAUCCAGGUUACGGGUUCUUAUCAGAAAACAGUGAAUUUGCUAGAAAAGUUGAAGAAGCAGGAAUUAUUUGGAUCGGUCCAUCUCAUAAAACCAUUGAUGCUGUUGGUGAUAAAGUUAGUGCUAGAACUUUAGCUAUUCAAAAUGAAGUUCCAGUUGUUCCAGGUACUCCAGGACCAAUUGAAUCGGUUGAAGAAGCUGAAAAAUUCGUUGAAAAAUAUGGUUUCCCAGUUAUUAUUAAAGCCGCAUUUGGUGGUGGUGGUAGAGGUAUGAGAGUUGUUAGAGAAGGUGAUAAUUUAGCUGAUGCUUUCCAAAGAGCUGUUUCUGAAGCUAAAACUGCUUUUGGUAACGGUACUUGUUUUAUUGAAAGAUUCUUAGACAAACCAAAACAUAUUGAAGUUCAAUUAUUAGCUGAUAAUUAUGGUAAUGUUAUUCAUUUAUUUGAAAGAGAUUGUUCCGUUCAAAGAAGACAUCAAAAAGUUGUUGAAAUUGCUCCAGCUAAGAAUUUACCAAAAGAUGUUCGUAAUGCUAUUUUAACUGAUGCGGUUAAAUUAGCUAAAUCUGCUAAUUAUAGAAAUGCUGGUACUGCUGAAUUCUUAGUCGAUAAUCAAAAUCGUCAUUAUUUUAUUGAAAUUAAUCCAAGAAUUCAAGUCGAACAUACCAUUACUGAAGAAAUUACUGGAGUUGAUAUUGUUGCUGCUCAAAUUCAAAUUGCUGCUGGUGCUUCAUUAGAACAAUUAGGUUUAUUACAAGAUAAAAUUACUACUAGAGGUUUUGCUAUUCAAUGUAGAAUUACUACCGAAGACCCUUCAAAGAAUUUUGCCCCUGAUACCGGUAAAAUUGAAGUUUAUAGAUCUGCUGGUGGUAAUGGUGUUAGAUUAGAUGGUGGUAAUGGUUUCGCUGGUUCAAUUAUUUCACCUCAUUAUGAUUCAAUGUUGGUUAAAUGUUCAUGUUCUGGUUCAACUUUUGAAAUUUCAAGAAGAAAAAUGUUAAGAGCUUUAAUUGAAUUCAGAAUUAGAGGUGUUAAAACCAAUAUUCCUUUCUUAUUAGCUUUAUUAACUAAUGAAACUUUCAUUGUUGGUAAUUGUUGGACUACUUUCAUUGACGAUACUCCAUCAUUAUUCCAAAUGAUUUCUUCACAAAACAGAGCUUCUAAAUUAUUAAACUAUUUAGCUGAUUUAGCUGUUAAUGGUUCUUCAAUUAAGGGACAAAUUGGUUUACCUAAAUUAGAAACUGAAGCUUUAAUUCCUGAAUUAUCAAGAGAUGGUGUUAAAAUUGAUAUUCAAAAUGAAGUCAUUCCAAAAGGUUGGAGAAAUGUCUUGGUUGAUGAAGGUCCAGAAGUAUUUGCUAAAAAAGUUAGAGACUUUAAAGGUACUUUAAUUAUGGAUACUACUUGGAGAGAUGCUCAUCAAUCAUUAUUAGCUACUAGAGUUAGAACCAUUGAUUUAUUAAAUGUUGCUCCAACUACUGCUCAUGCAUUAUCAGGAUGUUUUGCUUUAGAAUGUUGGGGUGGUGCUACAUUUGAUGUAGCUAUGAGAUUUUUGUAUGAAGAUCCAUGGGCUAGAUUAAGAAAAUUAAGAAAAUUAGUACCAAAUAUUCCAUUCCAAAUGCUUUUAAGAGGUGCUAAUGGGGUCGCUUAUUCUUCAUUACCUGAUAAUGCUAUUGAUCAAUUUGUUGAACAAGCUAAAGAAAAUGGUGUUGAUAUUUUCAGAGUUUUCGAUGCUUUGAAUGAUUUAGAUCAAUUAAAAGUCGGUAUGGAUGCAGUUAAAAAAGCCGGUGGGGUUGUUGAAGCUACUGUUUGUUAUUCUGGUGAUAUGUUACAAAUUGGUAAGAAAUAUAAUUUAGAUUAUUAUAUUGAAAUGGUUGAUAAAAUCGUUGAAAUGGGUACUCACAUCUUAGGUAUCAAAGAUAUGGCUGGUACUUUAAAACCAAAGGCUGCUACCUUAUUAAUUGGUGCUAUUAGAUCUAAAUAUCCUAAUUUACCAAUCCAUGUUCAUACCCAUGAUUCUGCUGGUACUGGUGUUGCUAGUAUGGUUGCUUGUGCCAAAGCAGGUGCUGAUGUAGUUGAUGCUGCAUCUAAUUCAAUGUCUGGUAUGACUUCUCAACCUUCAAUCAAUGCUAUUUUAGCUUCAUUCGAAGGUGAUAUUGAAUCUGGUUUAGAUGUUUCUUUAGUUACUCAAUUAGAUAACUAUUGGUCACAAAUGAGAUUAUUAUAUUCUUGUUUCGAAGCCGAUUUGAAAGGUCCAGAUCCAGAAGUUUAUCACCAUGAAAUUCCUGGUGGUCAAUUAACUAAUUUGAUUUUCCAAGCUUCUCAAUUAGGUUUAGGUACUAAAUGGUUACAAACCAAAGAAGCUUAUACUCAAGCUAAUAAAUUAUUAGGUGACAUUGUUAAAGUUACUCCAACUUCAAAAGUUGUUGGAGAUUUAGCUCAAUUUAUGGUUUCUAAUAAUUUAACUUCUGAAGAUAUUACCAGAUUAGCUGCUGAAUUAGAUUUCCCUGAUUCUGUUCUUGAUUUCAUGGAAGGUUUAAUGGGUACUCCAUAUGGUGGAUUCCCUGAACCUUUAAGAUCUAAUAUGUUAGGUUCUAAACGUAUUAAAUUAACUUCAAGACCUGGUUUGAACUUACCUCCAAUUGAUUUCCCUCAAAUCAAAGAAGAAUUAGUUACCAAAUUCGGUACUAAUAUUACUGAAUGUGAUAUUGCUUCUUAUAUAAUGUACCCUAAAGUUUUCGAAACUUAUAAGAAACAAUUAGAAAAAUUCGGUGAUUUAUCUGUUUUACCAACAAGAUUUUUCUUAAAACCUUGUGCUAUUGGUGAAGAAGUUGAAGUUGAAAUCGAACAAGGUAAAACUUUAAUCAUUCGUCUUUUAGCUGUAGGAGAAAUUUCACAAAAAACUGGUACUAGAGAAGUAUUCUUUGAAUUGAAUGGUGAAAUGAGAUCAGUUACUGUUGAAGAUAAAACUGCUUCAAUUGAAACCAAAACCAGACCUAAAGCUUCUCAACCAAAUGAUAUUGGAGCUCCAAUGGCAGGGGUUGUUAUCGAAAUUAGAGCCAAAGCUGGUCAAGAAGUUAAGAAAGGUGAUCCAGUCGCUGUUCUUUCUGCUAUGAAGAUGGAAAUGAUGAUUUCUGCUCCAGUUAGUGGAAAGGUUGGUGAAGUAAUGAUUAAAGAAGGUGAUUCUGUCGAUGCUAAUGAUUUAAUCACUAGUAUUUUGAAAUAG